UUGUCUGUUUCAGGACUACACCUCAGCCCCUCGUCUGCCCAGCGUGUUAUUGUAGUGAUGAUAUCCCCUCUGUCAUUAUUCAUCUGCUCCGACAUGACUUUCACGUUUAGCGGAAUCUACGCGGUUCACGGAGGAGAGGUGCAGUAACAUGAAAUGGAUGUCACCCGGGUCAGACCGUCCUUGUACGGAGAAAUCGCUCACGGCCUUGGAUUCUGGACCGACCGGUCAGCUGUGCAUGAGGCCGCCGCACAGGGCAGGGCGCUGCAGCUGCAGCAGCUGAUCGAGGGAGGGGCAGCAGUAAACAUCGUGGCUAUUGACUCCAUCACGCCGCUGCAUGAGGCAUGCAUACAGGGCCAGACCCAAUGUGUCCGGCUGCUGCUGGGCGCUGGUGCACAGGUCGAUGCCCGCAACAUCGACGGUAGCACUCCACUGUGUGAUGCCUGUGCUGCUGGAAGCCUUGACUGUGUCAAGCUAUUGUUGGAGUAUGGAGCAACAGUUAACCCUCAGCUGUUUACCUUCUCACCUCUUCACGAGGCGUGUAUGGGAGGUAAUUCAGAUUGUGUUCAGCUCAUGAUUGAUCAAGGAGCUUUCAUGGAGGCCCACGACUGCCACUACGGGACACCGCUUCAUGUAGCCUGUGCCAGGCAGCACUACGACUGCGCCAAAGUUCUCCUCAGUGCAGGGACAAACGUUAAUGCUGCUAAGCUACAUGAGACUGCCCUUCAUCACGCAGCCAAAACAAAGAACGUUGACUUAAUUGAGCUACUUGUGGAAUUUGGGGGGAACGUGUAUGCCAGGGACAACCUGAACAAAAAACCCAUCAACUACACCAGUCUGGGAUCUCCCUGUUACCGCUGCAUUGAGUUCUACGAGAAUACUCCCCUCAGUCUCCAGCAGAUCAGCAGAGUGAAGGUGAGGAGGACUCUCGGCACAAGAGCACGUGAGGUGGUUUCCCAGCUGGGCCUGCCCAAUCGCAUCAUACGAUUUCUUUCUUACACACCACCUCCAGUUAAUGAACUUCUAUCACUUUGAGAAACUUGGGAUCCAGCUCUGAGGAGAUUAAAUGCAGACAUGUUAAGUCUGCUGUGGAUCUCUCUCUUAAGGAAGUCAUAUGACAGGAUGUUGGUGGUGGCUGAAGAGCAGCACAGAUAAAAUAUCUGAAUACUGCCAGACUUGUAGGUGCAUAGAGAAUUCAUUAGGCUGUUGAUCCAUCCUAACUAUCAGUAAUAAUGUUACAUUAGCAGAUAUGUUAAUGGUAAAAAUCAAAGGAAAGAGCCAUGACACACCAUCAGCUCAUCAGGAUACAGUAUUAUGACAAUUCUGAAUGCAAACCACUGCCAACUAACAAAACACACUCAACAUUCACACAAGUACAAACCACACCCCUGCAUAUGAUAGGAGUGCAGGGAACAGUAUCAACAAGUUGAAAGACAAACUUGUUUUAAAGUAUUUCUGCUCCACGUAACCAACUGCGGUUCCACAAGCAUGCGGCUGAGAUGAGAAGGAACUCACCCUACCCCGAACGCUACCAACCUCUCAACAUCACCCGACGGUCGCUGUCUCGUCAAGCUGAAUUUUUUAACUUUGGACAGUGGCAGAUACUCACCUCCUUUGAUUGGACGUUUUGAAUACUCCAGUGAUUUGCCUAUCUGUGAUCUACUUACGCCUCUCUUUGCGGGAGAAUCAUCAAUAAUAUGUCCGGGAAAUGUCGGGAGUUUGAGAAAAAGAGGUGCAAUGAGCCAGCCACUUCUAUAAGGCCCUUAACACGAGUAAAUAGUACAUAGACAAGAUGUAGGAUUGUGUCGACAGCAACGGUAUACAUGGACAACGGAUUUUACAGGUGCUGCAGAAAGGGCAGGGGGGAAGAUCAGCGAUAAGGUAGGGGCCUUGCUUCUUCAAGGGACCAAUCCAAGGAGUGGAGCAUCAGCCAUUGGUCCCACCUCCAAGGCGCAUUCGAAAGUUACGCCUUAGCUACACUAACAUUUCCCUGGAGUCGAGUUAUCUGUCCACCAAGUUAAUGUGAAGUCUGAUACUUUUUCACCUUCACCUCUGGUCUAACAUCUCACCUGUUAUUUACAUCAAGUAUCAUGCUUUCCAAGAAGUUGUAAACUGGCUGCUAAUGGUGGUUUUGAGAGGUAAGGAAAGUUGAACAGCCUCAAGAUCAUAUCAACUGGCCGGUGAAGGCCAUGCACAUCAACGGUAAACAUACAGGUGUAGGCACACUGUCCCUCAAACACCGACUCUCAUAUCAGCUCUUCGUACUUGUUACGCCAGAACAAACUACACCUUUAAUAGAACAACGUGUCAGUUCCAUCAUAGAUCAGCUCACCUACAACUAAACUGUGUAAUAAAUCAGCCACAACAGGGGAGCACAUGUUAGGCAGCUUUUGAUGUAAGUAUUUAAUAUUGCCUAAUGAAGGUUGAAGCAAAGCAGCUUGUACUUGUCUUGCUCAUCUAGACCAAGGAAACUUGAAUGUAAGUCCACAUAGAUCCUGUAAAACUUUGUUCCACCUUGAGGGAACUUGAAGUGGUCUCACUAGGAUUGUAUUUAUUUGUAUAUAUUCAGGGAGUAUUUAUUUUUCAUGGAUAUUUGUAAAUAAUGUGGUUUUACCUUUAUUCAAUUUGUGUAAAUAAACAGACCAAAACUA